AUGGCGUCUCUCUCUGCUGGUCUCCACCAUGACCAGGGAAAGAAGGAUAAGGGCGGUGCUGGCUACCUAAACUUUGCAGCUAUACCUCAGACAUACGAUGGUGCUUUGCGCCUUUUGUCACUACUGCCGACAAACCGUGAUGUGACGGCCCUCUUUGAGACGCCUCCCAAAGGUGAAGAUGGCGCUCCAUUCGACUUCAACUCUCUUGCGAUCCCGGAGGUCGUCGCGUGGAUGGCUCGUGCGGGCUACUCCGAUAUACCGAAGGAUCUGGCGCCCUUGAAGUGUAUCCACAUUGCCGGAACCAAGGGGAAAGGAUCUGUAUCGGCCUUUACCACGGCCAUUUUGGUGGAAGCGGCCAAAACUAACGGUUCCACGGUCGGCCGGGUCGGCACCUAUCUUUCGCCUCAUGUCGUCUCGGUCAGGGAGCGCAUCUGGCUGGAUGGCAAGCACAUCAGUCGUGACCUUUUCACCAAGUACGUCUUUGACAUGUGGGCACGGCUUAGCGAGGCAGCAGCAGCAGCUGAUCCCUCUGAUCCGGAUCCAUACGGCGCACAUACGAAGCCAUUUUACUUCCGGUUCUUGACGCUGCUGGCAUUCCACAUCUUUCUGCAGCAGGGGACGUCGUCGCUCGGUGGUCCGGGGUCCCAGGUGCUGGCCUUCCUGGAAAAUUCCAAAAGUAUAACAUGGCUCUUGCAGCAGCUGCUGCCUGCCACCACCUUUGCAAAGUGGGCGUUGCAGGCGACAAUGCGCUCGAUUUAA